GCGCGGAGUGACACCAGGCUGAAGGCUAAACGGAUGCCGACGCGUCCUAUCGAUAAGUCGCGACUUGUCACUCGAACUAUCAUCAUCGGCCGACAGCGAAUCACUUCCUGGCCCUUAUAUACUUCUCGCCUAAACGGUUUCUUUGGUACAUGAGCAAUUAUGGCCACUGGUCGCGAUCGCCGCGCCGAUAACCUGAACGAAAGACUACGAGGAGCACAGCGGAAUGUUGUUGAUAAUGACACCUUCAAUCUUGAUCUUAACAUAGACGGAAUCGCACAGCCAUUUGGAUAUAAUGCCACCAGCCCGGAACAAGCUUCGUCAACCCCAGCAGCGAGAAGAACAACAUCGAGUCCACGACCGCCGCGACAGUCAUCGAUCCCCGUGCAACGCUCCCCAAGCGCUGUAGCACAAUCUCCAGCUCUUGUACGCGUCAAAUACACGGAAGAAGUCGCAGAAAGCCCAACCGAUGCUCCUGGAAGUGGGAAACGACGCCGCGUCCCAGUUGCAGAGGCUGCAGUUGUCACAUCUCAAUUGCAGAAUAUUAUCGACACCCCUGAAGGGCCGUCGCCCAUUAACGUAUCCAUAUCUAGACCUACGAGAGGAUCGCCAGUGGCUAGAGCAAGGCUUUCAACGCGCCCAUCAAGUUCGCCACGCCCUGCGCCUCAGCCUUCAACGUCCCCAACAUCCAGCCAAGACGAUGGUGGCUCCGAUGGUAGUUUUGUGUCGCAAAUUCAGCGGCCAUCUCCCCACACUCGACCAAACGUAUCCCUGCGCCAGGCUUCAGAACAUGCAUCCGAGGAACGUUCUCCUGAGAGAUCCUCGCCUUCCGUAACGGACCCUCUGUCGCCACCAGCUCCUAAGCGGCGCCUUGUUCAACCCGUUGCGGCACGCGCGCCCGCAAGGCGUCAAGCACAACAGUCCACUCAUAAGAGGCCGGCCAAGGCCAGAAGUGACAGAAGUACUGGGUCUACAUCUCGCCGCGGCGGCGAGGGGCCGAUCGAUAUUAAAGUCCAACGCUUCGUGGAAGAUGACGAGGACGAGCGCAGCGAUGAAGAUGUGAUUCCGUUCGCCAACGAAUCAGGAGAAACCGUUGUUGAUGUUUUGAUGCAUCUGUGCGAAGAGACUGUUGAAAGAACAAAGGACCUAUUUGAACAGCGGGUGGAACAGGCCCCAGAUUCAGAGACUCGUAAAGAGUUUCGCAACAUGGGCCGAGCUGUAGAAGCGUUCCGUCAGGAACUGGAGUCCCGGUUGUUGCAACAUUCAAUUCACCUCAACCACUGGCAUUCCCUUCAACGCCGUCUGGCACAGAUUCAUCGAGAAAAGUUGGAGCUCCGCGAGGAUAUUCUACGAAUCAAAGGCGAACGUGAGCAGAUGGCACUUCGGAUGGAAGCUUUACGGAUGAAACACGAAGCUGAGAACAGGGACUACAAGCGUGUCCUCGGCGCAUCCAAAGUUAUGUUUGACGUUGAUCUGGCGGUUGCUCAAGGGCGCGUCGAACCCGACUUGACACCAGAGGAUGGAAAGCAAGGUGAAAUUGCCAACCUGGCCAUUGCUAUCGCGCAACUCGCCGAUCAAACUAGCUCCAACAGCGGUACGGGCGGUCUGCUGAAUACAGUUCGAGACUUUAACGACUUCCUAGAGCGUGCCGCAUUUGCUCUCGAAUCACGCUGAACGAUUAACGAUAUGAAAUGACAUUUUAUUUCAUGCUCAACGCCUAUUAUGACCACUGGUUCCAUAUGAAAUCUCUUCAGCCUAGUUCAUUUUGGCUUUACUGAAGUCCAUCUCGGGAUGCUGUGCCUGGAACUUUUUAAGAAUAUCCAGCUUCUUCUGUUCUUCGGAAGUCGGUAGACCCUGCUCUUUUUGACGCUGGUCAAACAUCAUCUUCUCCACCAUACCACGGGUGGCGCCGUCAAGGUCCGAGAGCUUCGAGUUUUCCGGUGUGAUCUUGGUUACGUCGAUCUUCGGGGCAGUAGUUAUGACGUGUGCCCACCAUUCCAUCUUGUUAGUCUUAUCAAGGUGGAUUUCCACCGUCUUCGUAUCGGGCGUUUCGUUUGUAGUUAGUGUCCAUGUAGAGUCAUCGACUUGGACAGAGUGUGGGAGAUCGCCCUGCGAAGGUUAGCUCUUGCUAUGGCCUGUCGGCUUUCAUCACGCACAGAAAUGACGGGUUCUUGGCCCUUGACUCCUGCGACUAGCUUCUGCUUGCUGAUAUUUAUGGCUAGGUCUCGAGAUUUGAGGUUUGCAGGGACAUUGAAGGUCACGACUAGGUCGCCAAUUGUCUGUGUCCACUUGUAGGGAAGAGCUCCUUGUUCUUGCUCCUCCCUGGCGCGGGCAGCAGCCUCUUCGACGGGAUUGGGUUCUGGUGCUAGUCAGCUCUGUAAUAUGGGUAAUGCACCAAUCUUCUGUGCUAAUAAAACUAUUAAACCACUACAAAC